AGGCUUUGCUUCUUUCUCCUCUUACAGUCAUCACAAGAGACCGCGAGAGCGAAGGAAAAUGGCUUACCAUCUUUGCUCUCCCCCUUCCUCUUUCCUCCACGAUCGCCAAUCCUUCUGUAGCUCCUUGUGUUCUUUGCACAAGCUUAAAGUUCGAACCUUUACUCACUCAAAUAAAGUCACUUCUCUUUCGCCUCAAUCCAGAGCACUUCUCCAUGUCAAUCAUGUCUCCUUACAAGAACCAAUCACACAAGCAACAGCUGAAGACGUCAACUUUGUGGAUGAAGAAAAUCAGGACGGCUUAAUUGGAAAAUCUCCUUCGUCGAAAAGCUACAUUUGGGUCAAUCCUAGAAGCCCGAGAGCCAAACAGCUUAUGAAAAGAUCGUAUGAUUCCAGGUACAAUUUUCUUCUUAAAACAGCCGAGUCCUUGAACUCGUGUAGUCCUAGUGAACAAGGAGUGUCGGAAAUUUUGGGAGGACUAGGGGAUAAGAUAUUAGAACAAGACGCUGUGGUUGUUCUCAAUAAUAUGGAAAAUCCCGAAACUGCCCCGGUUGCUCUUAAAUUGUUCCAGCAGAAGAUUAAACCGAGCAGGGAGGUGAUUCUCUACAAUGUGACGCUGAAGGUGUUUAGAAAGUGUAGAGAAUAUGAUAAAGCGCAGAAGCUAUUUGAUGAAAUGCUCGAGAGAGGAGUUAAACCUGAUAAUGUCACUUUUUCAACUAUUAUAAGCUGUGCUAGGAUGUGUUCUAUGCCAAUGAAAGCUGUGGAAUGGUUCGAGAAGAUGCCUAGCUUUGGGUGUGAACCUGACGAUGUCACAUACUCAGCUAUUAUAGAUGCCUAUGGGCGGGCUGGUAAUGUUGACAUGGCUUUGAGCCUAUAUGAUCGUGCCAGAACAGAGAAAUGGCGCAUUGAUACAGUAACGUUCUCAACAUUGAUUAAGAUGUAUGGGAUGUCGGGAAAUUAUGAUGGAUGCUUAAAUGUCUAUGAAGAGAUGAAGGCUCUUGGUGCUAAGCUUAACAUGGUCGUAUAUAACACUCUGUUGGAUGCCAUGGGGAGAGCUAAGAGGCCCUGGCAGGCCAAGAAUAUAUAUAGGGAGAUGAUUAGUAAUGGAUUUACACCCAAUUUUGCAACGUAUGCAUCUCUUUUACGGGCCUAUUGUAGAUCACGGUACAGUGAAGACGCUCUCAAUGUUUAUAAGGAAAUGAAGGAAAAGGGAAUGGAAUUGAAUAUGGUUCUCUACAACACCCUGUUAGCUAUGUGUGCUGAUGUUGGAUGUACAGAAGAAGCAGUUGAAAUUUUUGAGGACAUGAAAAGUUCAGGAACUUGUAAGCCUGACAGUUGGACAUUUUCAUCUUUGAUUACCAUAUAUUCCUGCAGUGGGAAAGUACUUGAGGCAGAAGGGAUGCUGAAUGAAAUGAUAGAAUCUGGAUUUGAGCCUAAUAUAUUUGUUUUGACAUCAAUAGUGCAGUGCUAUGGAAAGGCCCAGCGUACUGAUGAUGUUGUGAAGACUUUCUAUCGACUCUUGGAUUUGGGGAUUGUCCCUGAUGACCGCUUUAGUGGUUGCCUUCUGAAUGUUAUGACCCUAGCACCAAAAGAAGAACUUGGUAAGCUUACGGAUUGUGUUGACAAGGCUAAUCCAAAGCUAGGAUCUGUGGUAAGAUAUUUGGUGGGAGGCCCGGAGGAUGAUGGAAACUUUAGAAAGGAAUCAUCAGAACUAUUUGAUUCAAUUGAUGCUGAAGUAAAGAAGGCCUUUUGCAACUGUUUAAUUGAUCUCUGUGUUAACUUGAACAAGUUGGAGAGGGCAUCUGAACUAUUGGACAUGGGGCUGGCACUUGAAAUAUAUUCAGAUAUACAGUCCAGGUCUCAAACUCAGUGGGCUUUGCAUUUGAAGAGCCUCUCUCUUGGAGCUGCUCUUACUGCGUUACAUGUUUGGAUAAAUGACCUGUCCAAGACUUUGGAAUCAGGAGAGGACCUUCCACCACUGCUUGGAAUUAACACUGGACAUGGAAAACACAAGUAUUCAGACAAAGGUUUGGCAAGUGUACUUGAAUCACGUUUGAAGGAAAUGGAUGCUCCAUUCCAUGAGGCUCCAGACCAGGCUGGCUGGUUUUUGACUACACAGGUAGCAGCUAAGUCAUGGCUGGAGUCCAGGAGGUCACCUGAAUUAAUUGCUGCAUAAUUCUUAGAACUCUAUGGUUUUAGAUGUUUCUGGAAAGGUUUUCCGUUGAAAAUGCUUUUGGAUGCGCUGCUUUAUUUCUGCACAUUUUCCUUUGCCUUGUGUGGCAAUUUUGUACUUGUGAAUUUAAAAUAUCAUAUAUUCAUUUAUUUCCGAUGUCUUCUAGGGUAAUUGAAGAUCUGUCACUUA